AGGUAAAGCGGAGUGUGUGGAGAAACGAACAAUUCUAGAGGAACAGCAUUUACAAAGGACGAAUGAUCGCGUGAAUGAAUUCAAGCGAGUGGUGAACAUUCUGAAUGAGGAUUUAGACUUUGGGAGUGCUCAAGAAGCGAUGUAUGAUGCCAUCGCAUGUGAUAUCAGCAUGACGGGAAAGCCAUUAUCUCGCUGGUGUGAAUUUGUUCUGGAGCAUAUGAGUGCUGAAAUGCAUGAGGAAAUAAACGUGGCGUUAAGACAUAUGAAAAAAUUCUUCAUUUUGAACAGUGACGAGAACUUUAAGGCGUGUAAAUAUUUAUUAUUUGUGGUGGUUGAUGAUCAUCUGAAUAAUAACGACGUAAAAACAUGGCAAGAAAUGCGAUUUGCAUAUUGUAAUUUGAUAAGUGAGGCGUUGAAGCAUAAGCAAAUUGAUAAGUUGCUUCUCCCAUACCUGUUCACCGCAGAUCAGAGGUUAACACAAAGUGAAAUAGCGCAUACGGCUCUGACAUCUGUGUUUUUCAUAUUUCUACAGAGUGGUUUCUCUGAGAUUAAACAAAUACAUAUCGGAGGUGUGUGUAGCAAUGAGUCAUAUCAUAUGUACUAUGCGAAUGAGUUGGAAACGAUCGUAAGGAAUAUGCUGCAUGCUGAUGAUGAGAAUUGUAAUCCGGUGGUAGUGAACACUUAG